AUGCGUUCGUCCUGGAUCGUCGCCCUCACAUGCCUCAUCGCGCCUUUGGUGCAUGCGGCCCCCAGCACCCCGCCCGAGCUUGAGGUCCGGGCUUGUAUUCCCUUCAGGGCGGCCAAUGCUGCGAUAAUGUGCCUUGCCUCUGGUAUCCUAGUGGACACAAAGCGUGCGGUGUUCGUUCAUAAGCAAUAA